AUGGUAUAUGCUUCGACGCGGCCUGGUUCUUUUUAUGUAACGGUUGGGGAAGACCUGCUAUCUUACAAGAGUUCAGCUUCGGAUUUCGAGCGAUCCCUCCUACCUGUGGUCUUGGCCUUCUACGUGUAUCGCAUCUAUGUGCUAGGAAAAAAGAGGAGGCUCUACGUUGGUAUUAUUUGCGUGAUAUUUUUGGCCUCCGUCACCCAAGCUAUUGCCUCUAUAUACGUUGGUGUUAAGGUACGUAUCAACGCCUUAGUAGCGAUCCCUCAAAAGCUAUUCGAGUAUCAUUCUUUGGACCAGUGGCAUAUUAUUGAGGUUCCGAUCGGGAUAUGGAAUGUAGGGAGUACCAUUGCCGAUGUGCUCAUCGCUGGCUGCAUGGUGUUCUUGUUAUCAUGUUUCAAAAAUGAUACUAUCAACAGAGGACAGGAUGCAACCGGUGACAUUCUGAACAGAUUGAUUCGCCGCUCAGUUGAGAGUGGUGCAAUGACGGCACUCAUCGUGAUAUUGGACACGGCCGUCAUAUAUGGUCAACCCAACACCACGUUAUUCCUUGUUUUGUACGCUUGA